AUGGAAAACCUUUACAAUGACAUGGAAGAAUAUGGCAAGAUAUGCCAACUGUACACGGAGAAGAAACAAAAACGAGAAAAAAAAGCGAACAACAUUAAUGAUCUAAUAGAUGAAGACAUACUAUGGAUGUACGAAACGAAGGAAGAGAAGGAGGCUAAGGAACAGGAAGAAUAUUUAUUGGGGAAAAAAAUUGAUAUGCAAAAGUUAAUCGAAGAAGAGGAAGAAGCCAAAAAGGAAAUCCUAAAACAAAAAAAUAAUAUAGAUCAUUUGAAUAAAAUCAGAGAGGAUCCACUAACUAUUAUUAAAAAAAUGGAAUUCCAAAAGAAGAAAAUGAUGGAUGAACAGAAGAGACUCUUGCAGUUGCAGCACACCAAGGAAAUGCCCGAAGCGAAUGCGAUAACUAGACAAAGCCACAGAAGAGGAAGGAGCUCGUCAAGUGAAGAGGACGUUGUGCGAUCAAGAGAGAAGGAGAAAAACAGGAAAAAGAGAAGGAAAGAAGAAAAAAAAAAGGAAAAAAGACGAGCGAAAAAAAGAAGGAAAGAAAACAGUAAGGAAAAAAGGGAAAGGAAAAGAGAAAAGAAACGAAAAGAAAGAAAAAAACAUAAAAAGGAAAGGAAAGAAACACAGGUCAACUCAGACGCAGAGUCCGAAUCGGAAGAGGACAAGAAAAUGAGAAAAUCCAGAAAGAGGGAACGUGGGAGAAGUGAUGAAUCGGAAAAGGCAAUGACAAAGGCGAGAAAGAGGGAGCGCGGGAGAAAUGAUGAAUCAGCCAAGGAAAGAGUUCCCGACGCACGUCGGCAGCGAGAAAGAAGAAGAGGGGAGUGUACUGAAGGCGGAAGUGAAACAGACAGCGGACUUGACAGCAGACGUGACAACGAACGUGAUAACGGAUGUGACAGCGGAAUUGAAAGCGGCAGUGCCAGUGGUCGUCAUCUUGCUAGGCUUAGAAAGUCCAAAAAGAACAGGCAAGAGAACAGUGCCAAUGAAUAUAGCAGUGGUAGUAGAAGUGACCUUAGCAGUGGCCGAAGUGGGAAAGAAGAAAAACAGCGACGAAUGGAAUGGGAGCAUGAGAGGCGACGACGAUGGAAACGCCCGCGAGAAGUAGAUGAAUAG